AUGAUUUCUAGGUCGUACACGAAUUUGCUAGACUUGGCUUCAGGGAACUUCCCUGUAAUGGGGAGAGAGCCACGUAGGCGUCUCCCUAGGGUUAUGACAGUCCCCGGUAACGUCUCCGAGUUUGACGACGAUCAAGCCUAUAGUGUCUCCUCUGAUAACCCCUCCUCGGUUUCCUCUGACCGUAUGAUCAUUGUCGCGAAUCGUCUUCCCUUGAAGGCUGAGAGACGAAACGGAAGCUGGAGUUUCAGCUGGGACCAAGACGCUUUGUAUCUGCAGCUUAAGGAUGGUUUACCUGAGGAUAUGGAGGUGUUAUACGUUGGUUCUUUGAGUGUCGACGUUGAUUCAUAUGAGCAAGAUGACGUGGAGCAGAUACUGUUCGAUAAGUUUAAAUGUGUUCCCACUUUUCUCCCACCUGAUUUGCAGUCUAAGUUCUACGACGGGUUUUGCAAGAGGCAGUUAUGGCCACUCUUCCAUUACAUGCUUCCGUUUACAGCUGAUCACGGUACGAGGUUUGAUAGGUCGCUUUGGGAGGCUUAUGUAGCGACGAACAAGCUUUUCUUCCAGAAAGUUAUCCAGGUUAUAAACCCUGAUGAUGAUUAUGUUUGGAUUCAUGAUUACCAUUUGAUGGUCUUGCCUUCGUUUCUUAGAAGACGGUUUAACCGGAUUAGGAUGGGUUUUUUCCUCCAUAGUCCGUUCCCGUCGUCAGAGAUAUACAGGUCUCUUCCUGUUCGUGAAGAGAUUCUUAAGGCGUUGCUAAACAGUGACCUUAUUGGUUUCCACACGUUUGACUAUGCUCGUCACUUCCUCACUUGCUGCAGUCGGAUGUUGGGUCUGGAGUAUCAGUCUAAGAGAGGAUACAUAGGGCUGGAGUAUUACGGUAGGACUGUGGGAAUAAAGAUUAUGCCAGUAGGGAUCAACAUGGGUCGGAUUCAAACGGUUAUGAGAUAUUCAGAGGAGGAGGGUAAGGUGAUGGAGCUUAGAAAGCGUUACGAAGGUAAGACGGUGUUGCUUGGUAUUGAUGACAUGGAUAUCUUCAAGGGCAUAAACUUGAAGCUUCUAGCGAUGGAACAAAUGCUUAAUCAGCACUCGAAUUGGAGGGGAAGGGCUGUCCUGGUACAGAUUGUAAAUCCUGCUAGGGGUAAAGGUAUUGAUAUAGACGAAAUACGUGGUGAAAUUGAAGGAAGCUGCAGGAGGAUCAAUGCAGAGUUUGGGAAACCUGGAUAUCAGCCUAUCGUAUAUAUUGAUACUCCGGUGUCAAUAAAUGAAAUCAUUGCUUAUUACCAUAUCGCUGAGUGUGUAGUUGUUACAGCUGUUAGAGAUGGUAUGAACCUUACUCCCUAUGAAUAUAUAGUGUGCAGACAGGGUCUGCUCGGGUCUGAAUCAGAUUUUAAUGGUCCAAAGAAGAGCAUGUUGGUUGCAUCGGAGUUUAUUGGAUGUUCUCCUUCGCUUAGUGGGGCUAUACGGGUGAACCCAUGGAACGUGGAAGCGACCGGAGAAGCUCUUAAUGAGGCUCUCUCGAUGGGUGAUCCUGAGAAACAACUCCGACAUGAGAAACAUUUCCGGUAUGUUAGUACUCACGAUGUUGCUUUUUGGUCAAGAAGUUUCUUGCAAGAUCUAGAGAGGAUAUGUGUGGACCAUUUCAAGAAAAGGUGUUGGGGGAUGGGGAUUAGUUUUGGUUUCAGAGUUGUGGCUCUCGAUCCUAACUUUAGAAAGCUUUCAAUACCAUGCAUUGUGUCGGACUAUAAAAGGGCGAAAAGCAGAGCUAUACUGUUGGAUUAUGAUGGCACUUUGAUGCCUCAAAACUCCGUCAAUAAAGCUCCCAGCCAGGAAGUUCUUAACUUCUUGAAUGCACUUUGUGAGGACAAGAAGAAUUCGAUUUUCAUUGUCAGCGGAAGAGGAAGGGAAAGCUUAGGCAAAUGGUUCUCUCCAUGCGAAAACAUUGGAAUUGCAGCUGAGCAUGGAUACUUCUUAAAGUGGCCAGGGAAAACAGAAUGGGAAACAUGUGGUCAGAGCUGUGAUUUUGGGUGGAUGCAGAUCGUGGAACCUGUAAUGAAACAGUACACCGAAGCUACGGAUGGCUCUUCCAUAGAAAUUAAAGACAGUGCUUUGGUUUGGCAAUAUAGAGAUGCGGAUUCUGGCUUUGGUUCUUUGCAAGCAAAGGAAAUGUUGGAGCAUUUAGAGAGUGUUCUAGCUAAUGAGCCUGUUGCAGUCAAAAGCGGCCACUACAUCGUAGAAGUCAAGCCUCAGGGAGUGAGCAAAGGAUCUGUGUCAGAGAAGAUAUUUUCAUCAAUGGAUGAGAAGGGAAAACCAGUUGAUUUCGUGCUAUGUAUUGGAGAUGACCGAUCUGACGAAGACAUGUUUGAAGCAAUUGGUAAUGCCAUGUCGAAAAGAUUGAUCUGUGACAAUGCUCUCGUCUUUGCAUGCACAGUUGGGCAAAAGCCAAGCAAGGCUAAAUAUUAUUUGGACGAUACUAUGGAAGUAACAAGCAUGCUUGAAUCUCUAGCUGAAGCAUCAGAGGCUUCAAACUUCUCUAUGCAUGAACUUGAUGAAGCCCUUUGA